UUGUAAAAAGACCGACCGUUCCUUGGUUUAAUGAGGAAGUCAAGUUAGUGAAAAGAGCACGAAGACGAGCUGAAAGGAAAUGGAGAUGGACUAAACUGUAUGGUGACCUCCUUGUUUAUAAAUCAAAGAAAAAUCAAGCCACUUUUGUAAUGAAACGUGCAUGUAAUGAGUACUACACCACCUUCAUACAAGAGAAUAGCAGCGAUCAUCGUAAACUGUUCAAGUCUGCCAAAUUUCUUUUUAAUCAAGAAACUGAUUUGCAUUUUCCAGAAUGCAGCGAUAAUACAGUCCUUGCGAAUGAUAUAGGUGACUUCUUCGCCAACAAAACCGAGUGCAUUAGACAAGAACUUGACAGUGCAGCCACCUAUCACAACCCUACAAGUGAACCACAGAUCAUGCCUAAUGUUCAACUGGACUCGUUCAAGACAUUAACUGAGGAUGAUGUUAACCAGAUUAUCUCAAACUCAAGCAAAAAAUCAUGCUCUUUGGACCCCAUGCCCACUCAUCUUGUGGUCCACUGCCUGGAUGUACUUCUGCCAGUAAUUACAAGAAUGAUAAACUUGUCCCUGCAAUCCGGAUGUUUCCCUGAGAACUGGAAGCUGGCUAAAGUCCACCCAGGCUUAAAGAAGUCAAAAGCUGAGGUUAUAUAUAUUUAA